CCUCCUCGUGCACGCGCACGCGAAGUUUCAGCUGCAGUUUUGUUGGCCUGAUAAGAGUCAAACCAGCAGCUGUGUUUGUGUGUCAGGUGUUUAAACGGGCGUGAAUCAUACACACUGCGCGAAUUCAGCUGUUUUAACAGCUCGACAGGCUUAAUGGAGCUUUAGAGGAAGUAAAAGGGAUAAUAUGUGUCCGACUACUAGUUACCAGUUAACGCAGGUGCUUUGAAAUCGUCCUGCCUUUAGAAAUGCACUUUAAUCACAUUAUUGUUACAUUUGCCAGUAAUGCUAAAUUGUAGCUUUUAACCAGAGUUAAACUCUAUUGUUUUCAUCAUAAGCUAUGCUUCAGAUAGAUAGUUAGUCGACAGGUUUAUGUUGUUUCUGAAGAGGAGGAAAGUUUCCCAUUAGCAGCUAUUAUGGCAAGUGUCCUUGCAUCAAAAAUGGGGCUCAACUCCCUUCGGAGGAAACAAGCUAAAACCUUCAACGUCACAGUUGUUACAAUGGAUGCAGACUUAGAGUUCAGCUGUGAGCUGAAGUGGAAAGGAAAGGAUUUGUUUGAACUUGUGUGCCGGACACUGGGACUCAGGGAGACCUGGUUUUUUGGUCUGCGGUUUGACGUCAAAGACACUGUGGCAUGGCUGAAAAUGGACAAGAAGGUUUUGGAUCAUGAUAUGCCCAAAGAAGAGCCCAUAGUGUUUCAUUUCCUGGCCAAGUUUUACCCAGAGAAUGCUGAAGAAGAACUGGUGCAAGAUAUAACACAGCACCUCUUCUUCCUGCAGGUGAGUCAUUGGCUCAGGUGGGUUUAGCUGGA